AUGGGAUAGGGGGCUCUGCGGAGCUCCGACAUCCCGUGUUAUCACUCCCGGCUGCAACCUUUCUAGACAUCCAGUAUAAUGCACUGGUGGAGACCGCGCGCAUAAGGAUCCGGUUUUGCGGCUGCAACUGUUCUGUUAGGGGACUUUUCACGGGGUGAUGGCUUAUACAGAGUUUACCGGGCUGUCCCUAAUGACUAGUCGUUCGAGGAGUCGCCAGAAUCCGGCACUUCGGUGAUAGUGCCACUAAGAAAUCCAGAUUAUUAAACAAGACAAACUAAAUUGAAACGCAACACUGCUGGAUCGGUAAAGAAGAGCCUGCCGAGCACUUGGGUUUGCACUUCUUCCAUGGAAAGGGCAUAUUCAGAAAGCAGAGGAUAGGAAGAGUGGCUAGUCGCCAGGUAUCAUUUGGCACAGAGGAGGUGCUUCUGUUCGGAUCACAUCUAUGGACAGCGGGGAUACGGCAGAUUUGCAGAAAAGCCGAAAGAUGAAGCGAUUUACUUAGAUUUUUGUAACAAUGAUAAUGAGAGCAUGAGCUGAAAAAAACAACAGAUCUGACCCGAUCCGAGAAAAAAAAAAUCUUGUAGGCUAUAUUUAAUGCCACUCCAUCGAUGCAUUUUGGUUACUUAAAUGCAGUAAAUAUUAGGACGAUAAAAGAAAACAGUAAUUGUCGAAAUGAUACAAGCACGUCCAAUCAAUAUCAAUAUUUUGUAUCAAUGCACAGCUAACCAUACCAUAUCAUCUAUUUAAUGAAUCAGGAAAUAUAUUUACAUCUUUGUCUUAGUAUAUUUAUCGAUUUUGUUCACACUGACGAAUUCAGUAAAUAAUUAAGUCCGGCCGAAUAAUAAUAUUUACUUACGCGGUUUUCCGCAGCUUUGUGUGGUGCAGGUUUUAAGAAGAAUUGUUAAGAUAAAAGAUUUAUCUAACCCAUAUUUCAUCCUGCGAGAGACACGGUCCAGGACAAAACAGUACUCAGGAGACACAACACGAAGAGCUCAUGCCUUUCCGAUGUUGAAUUAUAUCGAUUCCCGUUAGCCGGUCAGUUCUGUGUGAAAUAAAAUAAAGAAAGAGGCGGAUUUUGCCCAGCUGAGUAAAGUCGCGGUCCUGGCGGAAUAACGAAACCUUUCACGUAAAGAAAGGAGACUAAAGCGCUUCGGGAUCCGAUUAACUCAAGGGUGCGAUUCACAUUUAUAGAGCAUCACCUGAGGAUCUGAUGUAGGAUCACGACACCAGCUACAAAGGUCUCUUUAAAAAAAAAAGAAGAAGAAGAGAAAAAACUUGCACUUUGACUGAAAUUUAUAUUGGAUACGUUUUUCUAGAGGAUUUUUUGUAUAGUCGAUAUUUGCCGAACAGGUGUCCACAUAAAAAGGUGAAGAAGCAGAAGACAAGUUGCAUUUCUGUGGCCCGUUGAAAAACCAUGGAGGGCGACCGGGACAUGUACCGCCAGUUUCAGGACUGGUGUCUCAGGACAUACGGGGAUUCCGGCAAGACAAAGACAGUGACCCGUAAAAAAUACGACCGGAUUGUGCAGCUCCUCAAUGGAUCCGAAUCCAGCUCAACAGACAAUGCAAAGUUUAAAUUCUGGGUCAAGUCCAAAGGUUUUCAGCUUGGUAUCAGUGGAGAAGAAAAACAAGUACUCUACGUCCCAGUAAAAACAGCGGAUAGUGUUGGAAUGGAUGAGAAGGUGUCCUUGCGACAGGUAGCUGUAGUGGAGGACUUUUUCGACAUCAUUUACUCCAUGCAUGUAGAGAACGUAACCAGUGGCGAGAAAAGCCGGAAGCACGCCGGCCAGAAGAGGACGUACAAAGCAAUUUCAGAGACCUACGCCUUCCUGCCGCGUGAAGCGGUCACCCGCUUUCUCAUGAGCUGCUCUGAGUGCCAGAAGAGGAUGCAUCUGAAUGCAGAAGGAACAGAGCACAGAGAAAACGGGAAGGCCCCUACCUUGGUGACCAGCAUCAUCGACUACAACAUGCCGAUCACCAUGGCCUACAUGAAGCACAUGAGGCUGCAGCUCCUCAAUGCUCAGAAUGAUGAGGAAGACAGCUCACUGGACAGUGAUGAGUAUGACAUGAGCGACUCCACCAGGAUGUCUGCAGUGAACUCGGACUUGAGCUCCAACCUGGAGGAGAGGAUGGCCAGCCCGCAGACUCUCCAUGCACAGCAGGACGAUGAUUCAACCGCCGACAGCAUCAAUGGUAACGAUGGCGUCACGUACCACGCACUGACGACACGGCUAAACCAUUCCGGCUCUGCCCACAACAGCAACGGCAAGGUGCCAGAGCAGCAGGAGCAGCCCUUGAAUCUCAGUGACUGCCCCCUGCUGGCAGCAUGCCACACAGACAACCAUACAACUAAUGGCAGAAGCAAAUACAAGAUUCUGGGACUUCAAGACCUGAAGACAGAGACCAAGGACAAUGUCAGCAAGUCACCUGCACACAGCUACUCCAGUUACGACUCAGGGAAGAAUGAGGCAGGAGGCCUGGAAGACGUGUCCCUCAACCGGGCUGAUGAUGAUGAGGACGAUCAGGAUGACCAGGACGACUGUGAAAAGGCCAUGGAGGUCGACGGGGCAGAAGCAGAGCGACUCAAGGCCUUCAAUAUGUUUGUCAGGCUGUUUGUAGAUGAGAACUUGGACCGCAAGGUCCCCAUAUCUAAGCAGCCCAAAGAAAAGAUCCAGGCUAUCAUUGAAUCAUGUAGGCGCCAGUUCCCUGAGUAUCAGGAUCAUGCCCGGAAACGCAUCCGCACUUACCUGAAGUCCUGCAGGAGGAUGACCAGGAGUGAGGCGGAUGUGUCACGGCCCAUCCCGUCUCACCUGACUUCAGCGGCAGCGGAAAACAUCCUGGCCUCGGCCUGUGAAAACGAGAGCAGAAACGCCGCCAAGCGGAUGCGGCUCGACAGACGACAGGACGAAGCUGUCUCCCCCGAUAAAGGCGAUGCUGCUCUGCUCACCACUCCGGCGUCCACGGCUCCAGCUGCACAGGAGGUGCUGUACAUCAAUGGUAAUGGAGCCUACAGUUGCCAUAGUUACGGCGGGGUAGGGGGAGGCCUGCUGGACCUCACUGAAGCUGCUAGCAGUGGACCUACGGAUCUGAGUAUGAAGAAGCAGCAGAGCUCCAGCGGCAGUGGAACCUCGCGGCCGCAACUCAACCCCACCGAGGUCAACGCCGUUCGACAGCUGAUCGCAGGCUACCGAGAGUCCGCUGCCUUUUUGCUUCGCUCAGCUGAUGAACUGGAGAGCAUCCUCCUGCAGCAGAACUGAAGAUUCUGGGAGCUUGUCUGCAAAGUACAAGUAUCACCGAUGCCCCC